GCUGCUCAGGUCCUGGAGCUGCAGAGGAACGCUCAACUGAUGGAGCGUCUGAAGGCCAGUGAACAGAGGGCAGAGCUAGAAGAGAAGACCAAUAAGAGGUGUUCCGAGCCCAAACCCCGCCCCUCGCCACGCCCCACUGCCUCCCCCUCCCUCCACUGCCAUAAAACUCCUCUCCGUUCACCUCCCCCCUCCACCUCCUCCCUCACCCCCCUGUCCUCCCCCAGGCCCACUCUCCAACACCCGGAGGUCCAGAGAGAGAGGUCUCACCCUUCCUCUCCCCUUCCUCGCCCUCCCGCCCCGCACUCUGCCUCCCCCCUGAGACCCAAACAGGACGCUGACGAGGGAGAGGAGGAGGGGGGAGAGAGGGGGGAGAAACAGACCACCGCCCCCUAUCACCGAAUCUACACAGAUAUCACCCCUGGUUACCGUUACCAGUCCAUCACCCCGCCGUUCAGCGCCCUAUUCCCUCCCCGCCCCCUCCCCCAUCCAGCAGGGGGUAACAAACACCCCUCGGUCUCCUCCCUGCCACCACUCCUCCGGGCCACAGCUCCAGACACGAAGCCUCGGGGCCUGGAACUCCGGCCAGACCAGGGGACCACGCUGAAGCAUGACCCCGACCAGGAGCCACCCCAGCUGGGCAUGAGUCCUGCUGCCCUGGACCCUCGGCUCAGGACCUCCAGCCCUCCAACCCUCAGCCAAAUAGAGAGAGACGAAGGGUCAAGCCUCAAACACACACAUCUCACACACACACACACACAAUUACACACACAUCCCAGCCUUACACACCCACAUAAAUACACCAGCCUCCCCUCAGCCCCGCAGCCCUGUCCUUCUCUACCAUCCACACAGCCACAUGAACACACCAGCCUCCCCACAGGCCCCCAGCCCUGUCCUCCCCCCCACACAGCCACAUAA